AGGGAUAUUCCUAUGCCGUUGGUCACAAGCGGCGUGGAACACGGCAAUCUACGUGAACUUGUGCUUUCUCGUAUGGCGGAUCUUGGUGUAACCUGUCGAGAUGUUAGAACUCGUGAAGUUGGUAUCCAAGAAAUUCAUUCCCGGGUCAGACCUUUCCAAGUGGAAUUGAUCCGACGUGACUAUGUUGCCAAUGGAGGUUGGGAGACAUUUUUGUCAUAUGAAGACCCUUACCAAGAUAUAUUAAUUGGUUUACUUCGAUUGCGCCAAUGUUCUUCGCAGACGUUCCGACCGGAGCUGCGCGCGUGUUCUCAGGUGGACCCCACCGACUCGGAUCCCAAAUGUUCUGUUGUGCGGGAGCUUCAUGUGUACGGCAGCGCUGUUCCCAUCUCGUCGAAAGAUCCAACCAAGUUUCAACAUCAGGGUUUCGGCACACUACUGAUGGAAGAAGCUGAACGCAUUGCUCGUACUGAGCAUGGCUCGGAUAAAAUCGCAGUUAUUUCUGGUGUGGGCACCAGGGAUUAUUAUCGCAAAUUAGGAUAUGAGCUGGAUGGACCGUACAUGACUAAAAUGCUCUGUCAACUAGUGUAGUAAAUUACAACUACACUUUUCUAUUUGCAUAACAUAUUUUCCAUCUACUUGUAUCUUUCACUACUUUUCGAUUUUAUGUGGUCUGGUAGGGUUUUUCUUGACGUCCUCUUUCG